AUGGACGAGACGCAAACUCGCCCGGAGCUCUCGCAAGAAGAGCAAGUUCCAGCACAUCCGCCGUCACGAAAACGACAGCUAGACAGCGACGAUGACGCCGAACCACAGGCAAAACAAGCGCGAACGACGCACCCGCCUUCGGAGCCAGCACGAUUGACACGACAGAACCUUGCACGUUUCAACAAGAUGGGCAAGAAGCAGUCCUCAGACCCCUCGGACGAUUCCAGAUCGACCAAGACCAAGACAAUGUCGAUAACGUCGACAGGAUUCGCCGACAAAGCCUGCAAGAACGGCAUUCUCGGCCCGCAUGGUUCGAGACUGGCCAAAAAUCUCGAAGACAUUCGCCAACAGCAGGCUAAAUCCCGAGCCACUGCCUCGCCGCCAGAGUCGGUAUACGAUGACUACGUCGACCGGGUCGACAGAGCCAGCAACGAAUCCACCAUUGUCGUCGCAACGAGCAAGCGGCUACUAAAGGAGUACCCCACGGAUUACCCAGACGCCUACAACCGAGCAUUCACGAACAUCCCGAAAGACGCUGGAUUCAAUAACGGUCUGUCCGCCCCACAACCGGACUUCAUCGAGGGACUCGAAAAAGAAGAGUACCGCCCGUUCCCAGUCGACGACUACAUUCCUGGGGCUGCACUCUACCAGGACGACCCUCGCUCUAUAACGCUACCGCAGAUAGCCGGAGAAUGGAAGGGCCCUGCCGGAGACAUAAGAGAAGCGAGAAUGCAAAGCGCCUAUGACGGAGCUGCGAUGGUCCACGCAAGGAACAAGGCCCUCGCCUACAUGGGAAAAGAGGACCCCCCUGGACACGCGUCAGUCACCACAUUCACCACAGACGGCACGAACCUCAAUCUGUACGCACACUAUGCCGCCCCAUCGGAAGAAGACGAAGGCGCGCUGGAAUACCACCAGUGUCUUGUCUCGACAACAAACCUCACUGGUAGCUACGAAAGCUUCAAGCAAGGCCGAAAACACCUCAGGAACGCCCAGGACCGCGCCAGAGAACAGUCGUAUGCGCUGAAAGACCAGCUGAAGGAGUACUACAAGCAGCAGCGCCACGGCGAUCUCCAUCCUGUCACUGAAACAGUGCCGCCCUUGCCUGUACCACGCAUCGAACCACUGGACGCUUACGAGGACGAAGGCUACUACGAAGCCGUCGAAGUCCAGCCUGUCCACCAGCCGACGCCGCCUACAUCAUCCAGCACAAGAGUAGGAAGACGCACUCUCACCGCUUGCGCCAUUCACACCACUCACAUGCGACGCCGCACUCAUCGAAGGCCCCCUCAUCCACAUAUAGUUCCACCCACAGCAGCAGUGGCAAGCGAAGAGCUUCAACCUCACAAUCAUCCCACAGGUCCUCCAGACAUGUCAGCAAGUACCGGAGCUACUGGAUGA